AUGCUCCGUUUUUUCCCUCCAUUCCCAUCUCCAAAUCCAGCGACUCUCCAGUCUCCUCUUGAAAAUGCGCCUAUAGUGCCUUCACCGCCAUCUUCGGCCUCGUCUUCUCUAGUGACUUCCUUGUCUCUAUCACCACCUUCAACGCCAUCCUCACCUUCGUCGACUCCAACUUCCCCAACAGAUCAACUACCUGGUAAUGGAACUACCGGCCGUUCUCGUUCUGGUUCUCGCAGUUCAGCAAGACGGUGUGUACCCCCGCGCACAAGAAUAAUAAAACGGGAUUCAAAUCCAACGUCUCCUACAUCUCCGGGACCAGACAAUGCAUUGAACCUGGAAAGUCCACCUACCACCCCACCAUUCAACCAAUCCGCAAAACCAAGGUCUCCUCCAAUAAACUCUGGAACGAAUUCACAAAGGCAACAUCAUGAUCACGAGUCCGAAGUUGCAAGAAAUAAAAGCGUCAAAAAUCAUCAUUAUGAGGAUGCAGUAAGAAUUGCGUGUGGCGCCUGGUGUGAAACCUCGGGAAAGCAGCAGCAGCCUCAAGAACAGCAACAACAACAGCAGCAACAGGGGAAAAAGAAGAUGGUAAGGUGGGAUGCGGAUGAGGAGUAG